GGAGCUGCAGCAGUAAAAGGACAUUCCACUUUUGCCAUUGCUAGUCUUUCUGAGCCAUGUCUACAGAUCAGGUCACCCAGCUCCAGCAGACUGUCGAGAGGCUGCAGCAACAGGUUAUCCGACUGAGCGAUCAAGAGGAAAUCCGAAAACUGCAGUACAAAUAUGGCUACUACCUGGAUAAAUGUCUUUACGAAGAGGUCGUCUCCCUGUUCUCCGAUGCGCCAGACACAUACGUCCAAUUUCUUGGCGGUAGAUACCACAAAAAGUCCGGCGUGCAUCGGUUGUACGUAGGACGAUUUGGCAAGCUCUUCACCGGGGGACGGAACGGGCCGAUCCACGGCUUCCUGCUCGACCACCCGCAGCUACAGGGUAUAGUAGACGUCGACUACAGCGCCUCGCCGCCCGUCGCGCGUGGUCGCUUCCGCAGUCUCAUGCAGGCGGGUGUUCACGUGUCGCAGGCGGCAGCGCACCCGCGGGGCGCCACACAGUGGUGGGAGGGCGGCCUAUACGAGAACGAGUACAUCAAGGACCUCGAGGGCGGCGGUUGGCGCAUCUGGAGGCUGCGGUACUUUCCCUUUUGGCACGCCGACUUUGAGCACGGCUGGGCCUACAAAGUCGCCGGGUUCGUGCCGUUCCAGAACGUGACCUACCCCGAGGACGAAGCUGGGCCAGAUGAGGUGCUGCAAGAAGACCAGAGGAUGAUGUGGCCGGAUACCAGAGUCGUACCGUUCCACUAUGGUCACCCCGUAACUGGGGAGACGGUCAAAGAGGAAGAUAUGCGAGCGCCUGUGUAUGGGUCUGGGCCUUCAGAUGCGAAGCCUGGGCUAAAGCUUGACUAGUUCUAGAUUCUGAAACGAGCUGGAGGC